AUGUCUUGCAGGGCCUGGCAGGAGAACAGCUCUCUGAAGGAGCUCCAGAGCAGGGGCGUGUGUCUGCUAAAGCUGCAGGUGGCCAGCCAGCGCACGGGGCUGUACGGACAGCUUCUGGUCACCUUCGAGCCGGAGCGAGGCGGGUCUGCCGCAGGCCUUCCCAGCAACAGCUUCUCUUCCGGCGAUAUCGUGGGUCUGUAUGGUUCUGGGAACCAGGAUGGUCAGCUUGCCACCGGGGUCGUGACUCGAGUCACCCAGAGGUCAGUCACGGUGGCCUUUGAUGAGUCUCAUGACUUCCAGUUGAACCUGGACCCUGAAGCUUCCUACAGGUUGCUAAAGCUUGCCAACGACGUCACUUACAAGCGACUUAAGAAUGCUCUGCUCUCCCUGAAGAAGUACCACUCCGGGCCUGCGUCCUCGCUCAUAGAGGUCCUGUUCGGUGGAGCUGCUCCCAGUCCUGCUAGUGAAAUACCCCCGCUGACGCUCUACAACCCCGCCCUGGACGCCUCCCAGAAGGAAGCUGUGUCCUUUGCCUUGGCCCAGAAAGAACUCGCCAUCAUCCACGGACCUCCUGGCACUGGGAAAACCACAACCGUGGUGGAAAUAAUCCUCCAAGUGGUGAAGCAGGGGUCAAAGGUACUAUGCUGCGCACCCUCCAACAUCGCCGUGGACAACCUGGUGGAGAGGCUGGCCGGCCGCAGGCUGCGCAUCCUGCGCCUCGGCCACCCCGCCCGCCUGCUGGAGUCCGUGCAGCAGCACUGUCUGGACGCCGUGCUGGCGCGCAGCGACAGCGCCCAGGUUGUCGCCGACAUCAGGAGGGACAUGGACCAGAUCUUCCUGAAAAACAAAAAGGCACAUGAUAAGAGAGAGAAAAGUAAUUUCCGCAAUGAAAUGAAGCUACUAAGAAAAGAGCUGAAGGAAAGGGAAGAAGCGGCCAUGGUGGAAGGCCUCACCGCGGCUGACGUGGUGCUGGCAACCAACACGGGUGCCUCUCCCGACGGCCCCCUGAAGCUGCUGCCCGAGGGCCACUUUGACGUGGUGGUCAUUGACGAGUGUGCCCAGGCCCUGGAGGCCAGCUGCUGGAUCCCUCUGCUGAAGGCCAGGAGGUGCAUCCUGGCCGGAGACCACAGGCAGCUGCCGCCCACCACGGCCUCUCACAAGGCAGCGCUGGCGGGGCUGUCACUCAGCUUGAUGGAGCGCCUGGCCCAGGAGCGCGGCCCGGCUGUGGUGCGGAUGCUCACGGUGCAGUACCGCAUGCACCAGGCCAUCAUGCGCUGGGCCUCCGAGGCCAUGUACCACGGGCAGCUCACAGCCCACUCCUCCGUGGCGGGACAUCUCUUGAGGGACCUCCCCGGCGUGGCUGACACGGAGGAGACCAGCAUCCCGCUGCUGCUCGUGGACACGGCCGGCUGUGGCCUAUUUGAACUGGAGGAAGAUGACAACCAGUCCAGGGGGAACCCAGGCGAAGUCCGCCUCGUCACUUUGCACAUCCAGGCUCUGGUGGCCGCUGGUGUCCAUGCAGGAGACAUUGCUGUCAUCGCGCCCUACAACCUUCAGGUGGAGCUGCUUCGACAGAGCCUGGCGCACCAGCACCCCGAGCUGGAAAUCAAGUCCGUGGACGGCUUCCAGGGCCGAGAGAAGGAGGCUGUGAUCCUCUCCUUCGUCAGGUCCAACCGGAGAGGUGAAGUUGGUUUUCUGGCUGAGGACCGGCGGAUCAAUGUCGCGGUCACCCGUGCACGGCGCCAUGUGGCGAUUGUCUGUGACUCCCGCACUGUAAACAACCACGCUUUUCUAAAGACGCUGGUGGAGUAUUUCACAGAACACGGGGAAGUGCGCACCGCCUUCGAGUACCUGGAGGACAUUGUCCCUGAGAACUAUGCCCACGAGGGCUCCCAGGGUCCCCGCCGAGCCGCUGCCCGGCCCCGGGGCCCUGCGUUCCUCAGCACGCCUGCGAGCGCGCAGCCCCCGCGCGGCCCGGAGGCCAAGGCUGCGCCCCGGGGGGAGCCCAGGAAGCCUCGCAUGAGGCCCCUGCAGCCCUGCAGUGACGGGGGGCGCCCGGGUGGCACGGAGCACCUGCGGGCCAAGAUCACAGAGUUCCUGGACAGCGAGGAGACGCGGUUGCAGUUCCCCACAUCCCUCAACUCCCAUGACAGGCUGCGCGUCCACCAGAUCGCCGAGGAGCUGGGGCUGCGCCACGACAGCGCUGGGGAGGGGGCGGCGCGGUACGUCACCGUGAGCAAGAGGGGCGCCCCAGCCCCCACCCCCACAGACAAGAAGGAGAAGCCAGACAAGAAGGAGAAGCCAGACAAGAAGGAGAAGCCAGACAAGAAGGAGAAGCCAGACAAAGAGCAGCCAGAUAAGAAGAAGCCAGACAAAGAGAGAAGCCAGACAAGAAGGAGAAGCCAGACAAAGAACAAGAAGGAGAAGCCAGACAAGAAGGAGAAGCCCCAGAAGCUGCCUCAGAACAAGAAGAAGAAAAGGGAAGCAAAGGGACCCGCGGCCGCCGUUCUGCCCUCCGAGGAGGAUCUUGACGCCCUGCUGUCGGCCGUGACCAAGGCCGACAAUACCUGCAGCUUCGCCAAGUGCGCGGCCAGCAUCGCGACCCUGGGCCAGCUCUGCCAGCUCUGUGGCCACCGCUACUGCCUCAGCCACCACCUGCCCGAGGUCCACGGCUGCGGUGAGCAGGCCCGCGCACACGCCCGCCAGAAACUCCGCCGGGAGGGGGUCCCCAGUGCAGGCAGCGGGGCCAGGGACAGGCCCCUGGACCCCGCCAGGAGGGCCCAGCUGCAGCGAAGGCUGGACCUGAGGCUGGGCGAGCUCAGCGGCCAGAGGACCAGUAAGAAAAAGGAGAAGGACAGGGGGACGUGAGCCGGCAUGUGCCCUGGAGGGCCGCGGCCCAGGGCAGCGCCUGCAGCCAGCCCCUGGCCCAAAUGUGGGCAGCACAGGCGCUGGGGUCUGGGGCCUGUGGCCAUGGGGGACUGUGUCCUGGUCCUCCCCAGUACUGUCCAAGUUCCCUUGGAGCCACGCCUGACCUCUCACUACCAGAGUGACCGCCCGACGCUGAGGACACAAGAGCAUGAGCACCGGCCCGGGCU